AUGGCCACCAACAAGGAGGAAGUAGUAGUCGAACACUUCAACAAACCCACCCCUCACGAUGAACCCGUCCUCACCGACAACGUCAACAGCGACAACAAUGUCAACCUCGAAAAACCCACCUCCAUGGACCGUCUCAUUGCAGACGCCAAAGCCGCCACAGAAAAGGAGCACAAAAUGACUUUGCUGCAGGGCAUCAGACUAUACCCCAAAGCCGUGUUUUGGAGUAUAGUGAUUUCAUCGUGUAUUGUCAUGGAAGGGUACGAUAUUAGUCUUGUGGGGAAUUUGUAUGGGUUUCCGGCUUUCAAUCAAAAGUAUGGAGAGUUGGGGAGUGAUGGGACAUAUCAGAUUCCCGCUCGGUGGCAAUCGGGCUUGAGUAAUGGUGCGGCUGUGGGAGAGAUUAUUGGCUUGUUCAUAAAUGGAUAUGUCUCGGAGCGAUUCGGGUACAGAUACACCGUCAUGUCCUGUCUGGUCAUGCUCGCUGCAUUCACGGCGAUCUUCUUCACGGCUCAGAAUGUGCAGACUUUGCUCGCCGCCGAGAUUCUCUGCGGUAUCCCCUGGGGUGUUUUCCAGACCUUGACCGUGACUUAUGCAUCCGAGGUCUGCCCCGUUCCCCUCCGCAGCUAUCUGACAUGCUACGUCAACGUAUGCUGGGGAAUCGGCCAGGUAAUUGGCGUCGGCGUGAUCAAGGCGAUGUUGAACCGCGGCGAUCACGAUCAAUGGGCGUACCGUAUCCCCUACGCCCUGCAAUGGAUGUGGCCUUUGCCUCUUUUUAUCGGUGUCUGGUUCGCGCCCGAAUCACCCUGGUGGCUUGUUCGCAAGGGUCGCGUCGAAGACGCCAAAAAGUCGCUUCUCCGCUUGACAAGUCUCAACAGAGAGACCGACUUUGACGCAAACGAAACGAUUGCUAUGAUGGUGCACACCACUGCGCUAGAGGAGAAGAUUACAUCUGGCUCGAGUUACUGGGACUGUUUCAAAGGCACCGACCGCCGUCGCACGGAGAUUGUGUGCAUGGUCUGGGCAAUCCAGAAUCUGAGCGGGAACUCGUUCUCGAAUUAUUCGACUUAUUUCCUGGAGCAGGCGGGUCUGAGUUCGUCGGAUUCGUACUCGUUUGCGUUGGGACAGUACGCGAUCAAUAUUGUGGGUGUGUUUGGUGCGUGGGGUUUGAUGGCUAUGGGUGUUGGUCGACGAUCUCUAUAUCUCUUCGGCCUGUGUGGUCUGUUUUCGAUGUUGUUCGUCAUGGGGUUUUUGGGCCUUGUUCCCGAGUCCCAUCGCACUCAAGGCGCACUCGCCACAGGCUCGAUGAUGAUUGUCUGGGCUCUUUUCUACCAGAUCUCUGUCGGCACCGUCUGUUACUCUUUAGUAGCUGAACUAUCCACACGCCGCCUACAAAUCAAGUCAGUCGUCCUGGCGCGCAACCUGUACAACAUCGUCGGCAUCAUAACCGGCGUCUUGACCCCUUACAUGCUGAACCCCACAGCCUGGAACUGGUCCAACUACGCUGGCUUUUUCUGGGCUGGAUUGUGUUUCCUGUGUAUUGUGUACACUUAUUUCCGUGUUCCGGAGCCCAGUGGUCGCACAUUCGCGGAGUUGGAUGCGUUGUUUGAGAAGGGGGUUAGUGCGCGCAAGUUUGCUUCGACUGAAAUCAAUGUUUUUGAUGAGGAGGUUGAUAGAAAGGUGGGCGAUACAUAUAAGGAUGUUUAUCAGAAUCAUUAUUAA